AUGGAAAACUCACAAAGUACGAUAACCUUUAGUGAGUGCCGCCUGGACGUGUCUACCACUGCAAAUAUUGGAGGCAUUAUUAUGCUUACCUUGGCUUUACCCAUGGAGAGUAUUCUUUUCUAUUUGGUUGCAGUUGCACUGCUGUUGGCUCAGUUCAUGGUGAUUAGUACAGCUAAGGUUGUGACUAACAUCACCACUGAUCAAUAUGCUCUUCUUGAUUUCAAAGCUCAUAUAACCUCUAACAUCUUAUCACAAAACUGGUCCAGCUCCACUCCCAUGUGUCGAUGGGUUGGCAUCUCUUGUGGUGCACGCCAUGGAAGGGUCACUGCCUUAAAUCUCCCAAACAUGAAACUCCAAGGAACCAUCUCUCCACACCUUGGAAAUCUCUCAUUCCUAAUCUCUCUAAGCAUCUCAUUCAACAAUUUCCAUGGCCCUCUACCAAAGGAGCUAGGAAAGCUGCCCCGACUUAAGCGACUUCUUGUUUAUAAUAAUAGCUUCUCUGGUGUCAUCCCUCAUACCCUGUUCAACAUGUCAAAGCUGAAGAUUAUGGAUUUAGGGGAUAACCUUAUUGAAGGGAGCAUCCCAUUUGAGAAAGGCCAGCUUCCCAGCCUGAAAGCACUAUCUGUGGAAAACAACCUGCUUUCCGGUGCUUUAUCAGAUGAUAUGGGUGAAUGUCUUCCAAAAGUUGAGGUUUUGUCAUUAUUUAAUAACACGUUUGUCAUACCUAGGAGUAUUGGGAACCUGACUAAGCUCAAGGAGUUAUAUAUAGGUCUCAACAAUUUCACUGGUAUGACUCCUUAA